AUGAUGCGUUUCCAUCUAAAGAGAGCACAGUGUGUGUCGACCAUGUCAAACGACAGUCAAAUCGUCAAUUUUUUCAAAAACCAAACAAUUUUCUUAACUGGGGGAACCGGUCUUAUUGGUAAACUUCUUGUGGAAAAACUGCUACGAACAAGUUUUGACGUGAAAAAGAUUUAUAUUUUGGUGCGUGCCAAACAUGGAAAAAACUGUCAGCAACGUUUCGAUCACUUCUUCAAUAAUUCAUGUUUCGAGAAGAUUAACCAGGAGAAUAAGAGCAAGGUCUCGUUUAUUAGUGGAGAUUGCAGCAAACCUGAUUUAGGACUAAAGUCUGAAGACGUCGAUAUUUUAAAAACAGAAACGACGUGUGUUAUUCACGCUGCUGCCAACGUCAACUUUCGACAGACGAUAAAGGAAGCCAGUUAUAAUGUCAAUUCCACCAAAGAAAUGAUAAAGUUGGCUAAAGAGAUGAACAACUUGAAAGUUUUUGUCUACGUGUCUACAGCUUAUUCGAAUUGCGUCAAUAACCACAUUCGCGAAGAAAUUUAUGAACCACCUAUAAAAGCAGAAGCAUUUCUGCAUUUAGUUAAUUCUUGUAACGAAGACGAUUUGGAAAACAUUUUUUUUAGUUACCUGAACAAAUGGCCAAAUAAUUACGUUUUCUCAAAGUGUUUAUCAGAAGAUUUGAUUAAGAACUCACUGCUGGAAACACCAAUAGCAGUUGUUCGUCCAUCAUCUGUUACGAAUACUAUGAACGAACCGGUUCCAGGGUGGAUUGACAAUUAUCACGGUUUUAUUGGUUUGACAGCCGGAAGUUACGUGGGUGUUUUGCGGAAUGCUUAUGCAAAAAAAGAAAAGAAGCUGCAUUUAGUCCCAGCUGAUUUUGUUUGUAACUGUAUUUUGGCGGCAGCUUGGGACACCGCAAACUCGAAAACUGUCAAAGUGUUCAACUGUGUUGGUAAAGGGAUAUCUUACGGAGAACUAGCACGUGCAGUGAAUACCCUUUGCUGGAAAUACCCAACCAUGAAAUGUAUGUGGAACCCAGAAACUUCACUAGUUCAAAAUAAAUUUUGGUACAACGUAAAAGCUUUUUGGAUGUUGAUGUUAGCACAUUGUAUUGAUUUUGUAUUUUUCUGUUUUAAAAAGCCAGCGAGGGCUGCAAAUUUGAUGAAACGCAUAACCGAACAAGUGAAUGUGUCGUCAUAUUUUACCUCUCGGGAAUGGAACUUUGACGAGGACAGAUUUAUGAAUUUGUGGAAGAAAAUGGGGGAUGAAGAUAAGAAGAUUUUUCCUUUUCAUGUUAGCACAAUAGACUGGGAUAAAUAUUUGUGCAGUUGUGUUUUAGGUAUCAGAGUCUAUUUGUUCAAAGAUCCGAUUGCUACACUUCCAAAAGCGAAAACAAGUUUAAAAUAA